AUGGCACAGCAAAAGUCUGUGAAUUAUUGCGAUGGCGUGCAGUGGCUAUCACGACGUACACUUCCAUUAAUGACCGGUUUUGCUUCCAAGACGUCGACCAAUAGGCAUUCUUUACUCAUAUUAACGGAUGCAGCAAGUAUUGGACACCCAAGAAUUUUGAAGACUCGAUAUGGAAUGAACCGACACCGGCCGCAUGUAACCUGCAAGUUCAUAUUGAAUUCUCCAUCCAAGUCGUCAAACACAUGUGUGUUCUUGAGUAGGUAG